CUGUCUUUCCAACUACGAUUCGGCAGCCGCUCGCACGACCCUGUCCAAUGUCGCGCCGAUUCCGGAGCUGACAUCUCCCUGGUAUCUCAAGAGUAUCUGGACUCACUACCGCUAGCCACGCGCCCUAGGAUCCGACAAGGCCUUAGGAUGAACCUGUUCCAGCUAACCGGAGGCUUUCGCAUCACUGGCUAUGUACAGACGCAAGUCUACGUUGAAACAGAACAAGGACAUACUCUCAAGAUGCUCGCCGAAUGCUACGUGGUUCCGGGAAUGUCCUCUUCAUUGCUACUGGGAGAGGACUUCCACGUCAAUUACGAGUUAGGCAUCACGCGAAGUCUUACCGAAGGAUCAGCCAUACAAGUCGGCGACACUGGGUACUCCAUACCGGCCUCCUCUGCCGUCCGCAAAGACCCCGACCGCUAUCGUGAACGAACCAAGAAGUUGCGUCCCACUGCCAUCGCGACCCAAGACGUGCGAAUAUCGCCGCACUCUUGUCGUCCGGUGCCGGUCCAAGCAUCCUUCCUCGAACGCAAAUCCUGGUUCAUCGAGAAAACUGUCCUCGGACAGUCUGACGGAUCCUUCCUGCUCACUACUCCGUCCAUCAUCGAUGCCGAACAUGUCUAUGUGUCCGUCACCAACCCGACGGACCGACCCAUCAUCGUUCGCAAGGGAGAAUCCCUCGGUCUUCUUCAUGAUCCU